AUGGCUCCAAUACGUGAACCCCCAGCAAUAGGAAUAGAUUUAGGGACAACAUAUUCAUGCGUCGCUGUUUGGCAACACAAUCGAGUUGAGAUCAUUCCUAAUGAACAAGGCAAUCGAACUACUCCUUCUUUCGUCGCGUUUACUGAUACGGAUUGUAUGCUUGGCAACGCGGCCAAAAACCAAGUUGCUAUGAACCCUACUAACACCAUUUUCGAUGCUAAAAGGCUGAUUGGGAGGAAGUUUUAUGAUGUGACGGUGCAAGAAGACAUGAAAGUAUGUCCUUUUAGAAUUGUACAAGGAGAAUAUGGGAAGCCAAUGAUCGUGGUCAACUACAAGGGUGUACAGAAGUUGUUUACUGCUGAGGAAAUUUCUGCUAUGGUUCUUAGGAAGAUGAAAGAGGUAGCUAAUACAUACCUUAAUGCCAAUGUGAAAUCUGCGGUGAUAACUGUACCUGCUUAUUUUGAUGAUUUACAACGCCAAGCAACGAAGGAUGCAGCUGCUCUUGCUGGGCUUAAUGUUUUACGCUUGAUGAAUGAACCUACUGCAGCUUCUAUUGCUUAUCGGCUUGAUAAGAAAGCUGGUAUCAGGGGUGAAACUAAUGUGCUUGUUUUUGACUUGGGUGGUGGAACAUUUGAUGUCUCACUUGUUACAAUUAAUAAAGGGAGGUUUGAGAUUAAAGCUGUUGGUGGUGAUACUCAUUUGGGAGGUGAGGAUUUUGAUAACCGAAUGGUGGAAUAUUUUGUUGGAGAAUUUAAUAGGAAAGAAAGGAAAGAUAUUAGUAGGAAUCCAAGAGCGUUGGCUAGGUUGAGGGUCGCUUGUGAGAGAGCAAAGAGGAUUCUGUCAUCGACACCUCUUACUUCUAUUGAAGUUGACUGUUUGUACGAUGGAGUUGAUUUUUCAUCAAAAAUAACUCGGGCUAAAUUUGAGGAGCUGAAUAUGGAUUUCUUUAACAAGUGUAUGGAAACUGUACAAAUGUGUAUGGAAGACGCGAAAUGGGUGAAAAGCAUGGUCAGUGAAGUGGUUCUUGUUGGCGGGUCAACACGAAUUCCGAAGGUCCAACAAAUGUUGCAGGAUUUCUUUAACGGUAAGGAACUCUGCAAGACAAUUAAUCCUGAUGAGGCAGUUGCUUAUGGUGCUGCAGCUUUGGCUGCAAACCUUAGUGGUAAAGGAAGUCAAAUGAUUAAAAAGUUAACGUUAGUUGAUGUCCUUCCACUUUCACUUGGUUACAAGGCAUUUGGGGAAGUCAUGGCUGUUAUGAUUCCGAAAAACACACCCAUUCCUGUUACAAUAGAGCAUGUAGUGUGUUCAGUUUUUGACAAUCAAACUUCAUUUCAGAUUACAGUUUAUCAGGGUGAAAGAAGUAGACCUACAGACAACAUUUUUCUAGGUGAAUUUGUACUGUCUAAUCUCCCUCUUGCCCCAAGGGGUGCUACAAAAGCGACGAUUCGUUUUGACAUUGAUGCUGAUGGUAUUAUGAAUGUUUCGGCCGAGGAACCAACAACCGGUCAAGGAAACAACAUUACCAUAAAUAAGAGAAGACUAACAAAGGAUGAAAUCGAGAGGAUGUUAGAAGAUGCACGGAGAUAUAAAGUUGAGGAUCAAGAGUAUGAAAAGAAGGUAGAUGCCUUUAUCGUAUUGGAGUAUUAUGUUUAUCUCAUGAAAACAAAAUUGAGGGAUGAAAAUAUCAGGAAGAUGUUAAGUAACGAAGAUUUCUUAAUGAUGGUUGAUGUGGUAACCAAUGCGAUGCAGUGGCUUCAUGUAAAUAAGCUAGCAGAAGCCAGUGAGAUAGAAGACAAGAAGAAGGAACUGGAAUAUGUAUGGAACUCUGUAGUUGGCCUUGGUCAGUCAACAGCUUCACUUUAUCAGAUGCCACGUUUCUCACACAUUACAGAAUUCUGGGAGCUGUUGCGGCUUGCAGGGGCCUUUGCCUGUAUUGCUAUGCUGUUGGCCCGUGAAAAGCAUGUUGUAGAUGCUCUUCACCGGGCCUGA